AUGGCAGACAAGGGAGACGUCAACCUGGGAGGUGCGCAGUUCGCGUCGCACAAAUGGGCAGAGCCAAUCUUUGUUGUUACUGUCAUGAUUGGCUCAUUGAUCAUCAAUCGCCGCAAAAACUUCAGCAUCCUACGAGGAGAUCUCAAUGCCCGCUCUGGAACUCUGUCGCCUACAAACGAGGGACGUCCCAUGCUGGGCGACGAUGAGGGUCACGCGACAAGCCGACUCCAGAAACGCUCAUGCUUUGGCAAGGAAUUCGACAUGCCCGACACAUCUGCCUUCGCCAACAACUUGCACAGCAGAGUCCUGCAGAAGUUCCCCUUCUUGAUUGAAAUGUUCUACUGGGCCCUCAACUACGCAGCAUACAGUACUACAAAAGCCAUCGCGGCUUCUCUCUAUGCCACCAAGGACGGCGUCACUGAGCUCGCCCAGGAGCAUGGAAUCAGCAUUCUCAACUUUGAGCACGAUUCGAUGUUUUCGAUUUUCUUCCCUGUCAAGGAGGUGGACUUCCAAGCCUUCUUCACCACUGGCCAUCCUCUCAUAUUGACAUUCUUUAACCGCAUCUACUCACUGGUCCACAUCCCCGGAACCGUCACAUUCCUUUCAUGGUAUUAUUAUGCUGCUCCGGAUCAUGCUGCUUUCGCUGUCGCCAGACGAACCAUGACCUUGGGCAACUUUGCUGCAUUCUUCGUUUUCUGUUUCUACCCUUGCAUGCCACCACGCCUGUUGCCAAAGUCCUUCGGUUUCCACGACACUGUUCGUCAAGACAACGCCGAGAGCGUCUGGGUUGGCGGCAAGAACGUCAACCAACUUGCAGCCAUGCCUAGUCUCCACUUCACCUACGCAUUUGUCAUUGGCUGCACCUUCAUCUACCACUCUGGCAUUCACUGGCGAUCUGAGAACAAGGCAAUUCAGCAAUCGACCUUUGGAAGAUGUCUUUGGUUGUUGGCCGGACUUUUCUACCCUCUUCUGGUCCUGUCCGUCAUUGUCGCUACUGCCAACCAUUAUUACUUGGACGCCGUAGUCGCCCUCUUCACGACUUCUGUUGCCUUCUUUAUCAACAGGAUAUGGAUGCUUUUGCUGCCGGCCGAGGGCAUGCUGCUAUGGGUAUUGCGUUUGAAGAAGCCUGUGCCUACGACCGGACAACGCCUAGAAACAGCCAGAAAGGUCAAAGAGGAUGAGAUCGACUAUCGCUACGAGGUCGUGUAG